AUGUACCCCGUCACGGAAUACAACCUGAGCGAGUUCAUGGACGAAGAAGUGGAUCCUGACUUGCCGAAGACCUUGCGUUCCUUCCUCCCUUGCCUGGCCAACACCUUGACGUUUCUUCACGACAAGCACCAUAUCAAACACAUGGACAUCAAGCCCGAAAACAUACUCGUCCGGAGCAUUCAAAACAGUACGAAAAAGCAUCAUUCUGGCGCGUACAAGGUGUACCUCGCCGACUUUGGCAUCUCCCGCUCCUACGCGUCCCCCGAGGAGUCCGAGACGAACUCCAUCACCAGUUUCACCCCGCUCUACGCAGCGCCCGAAGUAGUGAGCCAAGAGCUGCGCGGAUUCAAGGCCGACGUUUUCUCCCUCGGCUGCGUCUUCACGGAGAUGAUGGCCACCAUAUGCUCUUUUCGCGACGCUCUCGAGGAGAUCAGGGAGCGGAGUGGCAGACGCCCGUUCCACGCCAAUCUCGCCGCCAUCCAGAAGCUUCUGAGCGCGAUUUAUUCUGGGGAGGAGGAGCACGAAUACACGUACGGCCAUGUUCUCCCGAGACCGUGCAUUUGGUACGCCCGCUGCAUGAUCAAUGAUCAGCCUCAAAACAGGCCGAGUGCGGCGAGGGUGAGGGACUUUCUGGAGGUUGACGGGCUCGUCUGCAACGCUGAACUGCCCGAGGCUUUCGAGGUGGCGCAGCCUCUGUCGGAAUGCUGA